AUGAAGUUCUACAUAUCUCCUCCCUUGGCAUCGGAUCGUCGUUUCAAAAAAAAGUUGAUUCACCCCUCAAAGACCUCUUCCCUAGACACCGAAUACCGGACCAAAGAUCUGAGAAAAUUAGCCUCAACUUCGCUGAAUAGUUACCUUCAAAGGGGCGAAUCGACAGGGCCCCCAUCAAGGCUGAGCAACGGGGCUUUAGAGACCAUGACCACCCUUCAUGAAACCAUCAAGAAGCUGGGGGCUGCAGAACAAGAGGCUACUGAGCAGGGGACAGAGAAACCAUCAGAAGUCUUGGAACCCUUAACUUCAUUGAAGUAUGCCGCUUUGGUGAACUUCCCCCAUAUUCCGUCAUCAAAUAAUGUAAACUCCACAAAUCAAGCAACUGUGAGCGCAAUUUCAGAUAUACCUUCUUCUGUUUCGGCCACUAAGACUCAGGAAAAACGGACAGCUUGUCCACAGGAUCGAGCUGAAGUUCUAACCAAAUUGGAGAGAACGCGCGUGAUCAACUUUGAAAAGCAUCGUAAGGAAUUCGCAGUGCUUGCAAAGGUCUGCUUACUGCAAACAGCCGCUCGGCUAUACCAACUGAAGCCUGACUGGACCAUCCAGGCGUGGCUACAGCUAGCACCCGAGGUGUUGCUCGAGGCAGAUGCGUAA